UCAUAAUGUAUUAGACAUUAACAGAUUGCUUACAAACAAUCUGAAGCAUUUUUAAUAUAAACAUGGACUUAGGCCCAUGACCUAACUUUACAGCUAAAGCCUCACUGCCCAACAAUUGCCUAUAAAAGGAUAAAAUGACAAUGAAAAUAUUAAUCCUGUGGUCAGUGACAUUGGCAAUACUCUAUCAGGAUCUUCAUGCAGACACUCAUCUUAUUGUGACUCAGCUGAACAAUACUCAUCCAAACAGUACUCAACUUAACAUUUUUAAAACGAAUGGUACUAAUCCUAGCAGUACUUUGGGUAGCAGUACUCAGCUUAACAAUACUCAAACAAGCAGUACCCAAAUUAAUGUUACUCAAGUAAAUAAUAAUCAACAAGAUGAUAUCGAGGACACUGGUGAAUGUGGUUCACCUAUUGAUCUGUAUAAGAACUGUGUUUUGAAUACAUGCAGUGGAAGAUGUGGGGAUAGAGCUAAUUACUCCAUCCCUGGCAGUUUAUGCUCUUGUGACAACGCUUGCACUAUUUAUGGAGAUUGUUGCAAGGACUUCAAAUCAAAAUGUGGCAAUUUUAGCCAAGGUGACUUUGUUCAAUUGAAACCGACUGAUUUUACAUGCAAGAAGCAUGCUCCUGACAAGUAUGUCUUUAUGAGAGUAACCUGUAAGCCGAGCUACAGCAACGAGGCUGUCAUCAAGGAGUGUUACAUGAAUUCUGGGUUUGAAGGCAUGGUACCGGUCUCAGAUCCUAAGACUGAGAUUGUAUAUUCCAAUUACUUCUGUGCACUGUGUAAUGAUGUGACAUAUGUCGUGCCUUGGGAGCUGACAGUUAUGUGCAAAAAAGCUGGGCUCCCAAAAAAUGACAUUAGAUGGAGCGAACUUAUGUUGUCAUUUCUUAACUCUAAUAUUGUUGGAAGGAGAUGUGAUAUAUACACUCAACCAUCAAUAGCCCUCAAAAGUGUGAUUCCAGUCAAAUGUGCUCCUGUUGAUUCAAAAUGUUCUUGGAGAUGUAGAGAUCCCAGCAUCAUAAAACUCUGUAAGAAUGGAGAAUAUGACCCGCAAUAUGACCAAUUUGGACUUGUUCGAAACAACCAUUGCUUUCAGUGUCUGAAUUAUGGACUGCGUGACAAAUGUCCAUUUGGAGAUAGGAAGUCAAUAGAACAAUUGGUAUAUAUGUUUUCUUACACUCUUCUGUUAGAUGUAGUAGAGGAGGCCGUAUUUAGUGUAAAACUUAAAUCAGGAUUUGGUAUUAACAAAAUCAACUCAGAAGCAGAGAUUGAUCAUGGUGAAGUACGUUUGACAACUUGUGGUGCACCAUUUGUUUUAAUUAACGGAAAAUGUGAGCUGGAUGGAAUGUACAUUGCUGUUUUAUGUGAUUUUGACAUAGAUUCAUCAAAUGUCACAUAUACAGUGCUGACUCAAGAUCAGGAAAUUAGCAUAAGUGGAAAAAUCAGAGAAAUAUAUGACGCUAUCGGACUGGUUGGAUUAGAUUACCGUAAAAGAAGUGACAUGAAAUUAAGGUUGAAAUGGUAUGUCAGUAUGCCCUUUGAAACUGGCAUGUGGAGAUUGGUACAUUUAGAAUAUGAGAAAACCUUCUUGAAUUAUCUGAAAACAAUCUUCCCUUGUAUACUGUCAAAUGAAUGCAGCUAUACCAAGAGCAAGGCUGGGAGCAAGGAUAUUCCAAGAAUCAAACAAACAAUCAAUGUAUCAAGCAAUAAGAGGAUUGAAUCUGGAUUGAAUAAUCAAAAGACAAUCAAUAGCAGCAGCUCUACAGUUGAAAACAAGUUGUCGCCAGAAUUUAUAAUUCUUAUACUGACAUUAUGCUUUGCAUGGACCGUGUAACAAUUUUUCUCAUUAAUCAUAAUGUGAAAAUCAUUGUUUUGGUCUAAAGAUGUCACCACCACUACUGACCCAGAACAUAGUCAGAAAAUGUCAUCUUUGUUGACACUUUGUCAUGUUCAUGCCUUGUUUAUUUAUACAAUCCAGAAUAUAAUAUCUCUGUAUUCAUGCAAGAGAACCAAAAUAUUAUAUUGAAUAUGUUAUUAAAAAUAAUGAUAUAGAUUGAGUAAAU